AUGCAGUUCGUUCCGCGGUCGCACACCGAGCGAGCUAGUCGCGACUUCGGCGGCGCAGGGCUGGGUGCGCGCGCGCAACCGAGCGGUGGGGCCGACCGGUCGCAACCGGGCCGCGCUCUCACCGUCCGCCCUGCUACCUCGCCGCACUUGACACGGUCCCCCGUUCGCGAAGAAAGUUUCGCAUUUCUAUGUCACUCGUUCGCAGAACAAGGAAACGAGAACGUCGAUCGGCGCCCGAAAUAUCUUGGAAUGUCAUUCGUUCUCGAAUCGACGGACUCCUGUACAAACAGAUUCGUUUCGACUGACGAUUGUUGGCCGCGAGAAGCCAGUUCACAUUCUAAUUAG